CCCACCCCACCCCCCCAUCCCCUCCCACCCUCUCCCCGCCCCCAGGCCCGCAGGGCCGGCGCCCUCCUCCCGCGGGAGAUGGUCCGGGCCAAGUGGGCGCGUCCGGCCCGGGUCGCCGGGAUCUGGUGUCGGCUGCAGCUGGCAGUGCGGCGGACGCGGGCAGCGGCACAGCCGCCUGCGGAGCCGGCUAUUAAUAACGCUCCGGGCCAGCCCGGGGUCGGGCAGUCAUGGCCAGUCCGGAACCCCUGCGCGGCGGGGACGGCGCCCCGGCUGCCAGGGAACCGGGUACAGAGGCCAGUUUUCCUCGCCAGGACUCCGAAUCCCCCAAGGAGGCCAUGACUUUCAGCCCAGAGGCCACUCUAUCUUUGGAGGGGACUGUGAACCUAGAAGAUAUUCUCUAUCUGGGGGACUCGGUGGACUUUGAAGAGAGUCUCUGUGUGGGAGAGUCUGAGAAGCCAGAGGAGACACUGUUUAUCGAAGAAUCGAGGCAGCCAGAGGAGGCUCUGGACCUGGAAGAGCCGGUGAGUCCAGAGGAGACCGUGCUUGUGGAGGAACCUGUGAGGCCAGAUGAGGAGCAAUUUCCAGAGGAGCCUGUGGGGCCAGCUAAGAGCCCAAGCCCAGAGCAGACUGCUUGUGAGGGAGAGACGGUGGCCACGGAGGAAAGGCUUCCAGCUCCACUGAGUCCCAGCACGGAGGAGGAGCCCCUCAGCGUGGAGGACCUGGAGUUGCUGGAAGUCCGUUUCCAGCAAUGUGUGCAAGCUGUAUCCCAGCUGGAAGAGGAGAGGGACCAGCUCAUCCACGAGCUGGUGCUGCUCCGGGAACCGGCCCUGCAGGAGGUGCAGCAGGUCCACCACGACAUCCUGGAUGCCUACAAGCUGCACGCGCAGGCCGAACUGGAGCGGGAUGGGCUCAGGGAAGAGAUCCGGAUGGUGAAGCAGAAGCUUUUUAAGGUGACCAAGGAAUGUGUGGCCUACCAAUACCAGCUGGAGUGCCGGCAGCAGGAGGUGGCUCAGUCUGCCGACUGCAGGGAAGCGCUGACCGCCCGGGCAGCCCAGCUCUCCGGAGAACUGACCCAGCUCCGAGAGGCCUAUCAGAAGCAGAAGGAGCAGUUACAGGAACAGCUGGAGGCGCCCCCAACCCAGAGCGAUGGGCACUUUCUCCAGGAGAGUCGGCGCCUGUCGACCCAGUUUGAACAUCUCCUGGCGGAGAGCCGCCAGGGCCUGGAGGAGGAGUACGAGCCCCAGCUGCUGCGGCUCCUGGAGAGGAAGGAGGCAGGGACCAAAGCUCUUCAGGACACCCAAGCAGAGAUCCAGAAGAUGAAGGAGGCCCUGAGACCCCUGCAAGCAGAGGCCCGGCAGCUCCACCUUCAGAACAGGAACCUGGAGGACCAGAUCACACUCCUGAGGCAAAAACGCGAUGAAGAGGUUCAGCAGUACAGGGAGCAGCUGGAGGAGAUGGAGGAGAGGCAGAGACAAAUACGAAGUGGAGUGCAAGUCCAGCAACAGAAGAACAAAGAGAUGGAGCAGCUGAGGACCAGCCUUGCUGAAGAGCUUUCUACAUAUAAGGCUAUGCUCCCCAGGAGUCUGGAACAAGCUGAUGCAUCGACUCCUCAGGCAGAUGCAGUGGAGGCACAACCCGAAGGGAUUGUUUAGAAAUGUAUGGCCGGAUCUGUAACCCAUAAACAACAAAGCAGUUAUAUCAAAGCAUCACUAGGGAUGGACUUUUCCCCAAACAGGAAAGAAUGCCAGCAUCUGGCAAGCAAUUCACCCUGUGAAAAUUACAAACAUUGCUUAUUUUGCCCACAAAGAUUUUAGGGUUGGCUGGAAACAGGAUACCAGUCAACUUUCAUCUGGAUUCUUUUCUGUAGGCUGUUAGUACUGAUCUUGAUGUACUGUGGAUGGACAAAUGAACCUGUUAUCUUUCAGCAGAACACUGGGUUAUGGAAUAUCACCACAUUUUGCAGCAUUGUGAAGGUUAUUUAUUGCUUUGUGCUGACCCAAACCAAGAACAUUUAAGGAAAAAGUUGGGGUCAAAAGGCAUCCAGUCUUUGCUCUAUGGACCCACAGCUUCAAUACCUUUGAGAUAUGGGUAUUAGAUUUCAAAUGACUCCUUUCACAAAGCCUUUUUCCCUUUAACACCUGCAAUCACAUAAUUUACUCUUAAAUGUGUCAAAAUAGCUAUUUUGUUGUUUUUCUUUUUCUUUUCUCUCUCUUUUUUUUUGACAUAGGGCCUUACUUAUAGUAGCCCUGGCUGGCCUAGAGCUUAUAUUUUAGAUAAUGCUAGCUCUGAACUCACAGAAAUCUACCUGCCUCUACACUGCUGAGAUUCAAGACACGGCAGGCUUGUUUUUUGUUUUUUUUUUGAGACAAGGUCCCAAGUAAUCUAGGCUGGGGUUUUUAACUUGUUACAUAGGUCAGGAUGACCUUGAACUUCUGAUCUUGCCUCUACUUCCCAACCACUGGGACUACAGGUGUACGUCACCAAGUGUGACCCAAGACACACAACUCCACAACCCCCCAGGGUAUCACCAUGUAGUGACCUGGCUGUUUUAGAACACAUCACAUAGACAAGGAGGGCUUCGAACUCACUGAAAUCCACCUGUAUCUGCAUCCCAAGUUCUGGGAUUUAUCAUUACACCCAGCUUGAUAGUUUUUACUAUACACAAAAACAAUGAAAACAGGAAUACUUCAGAUUUGGACCUGACAACUUCAUUAUUCAGACUUUCCAGAAAUUAAAUCGUUUUGGAGGUGAGAGUCAUUUAGUCAGUUCAUCAGCAAAGUCGGUCAUUUUUAUCUAGUUAUCACACAUGGUGAUAAGGGCGCUCAGACUCUUAAUUCCUACCCUUUAAAAGUAAGUAGGAGUCCCAGUGAAAAACACUGGACAGAUACAAGCUCUCUGGAACACGGGUAUGAUCUCUUUCAAAUGUAAACUGCCUUAAGUUGUCUAUCACACUGCCUCUGACAUCUUGGAAACUUGUGCGGCUCUCUAGGAAGACUUAAAAAAGAUGUAAUUUUACCAAGACUAGUUUGUGUACUGUUUGGUAAUGUCUUCGCUUUCCCAGGCAGGAGUAAAGUUCUUCUUUUUAACGGUU